AUGGCCCGCAGCAGCAUCACCAAGCUCUCACGGGCAGUCGCCCGCACCCUCCGCACCUCGACCCCCGUCCUCCCGCGCCGUUCUCCCGCCCUCCUCUCGGUGACAAAACCAGCUGCCACCGUCGUCGCCGCCCGCAAGCUCUUCACCACCUCCGCCGUCGCCACGCGCGGCAUCAUGCCCGACACCGACGACCCGCAGGUCAAGGAGACGCCCAAGGAAGAGGUCAAGAGGAGCGUCGUCGAGCUCUCCGAUGCGGAGUACCACGAGCUGGCCGACCAGUACCUCGAGACCGUCGUCACCAAGCUCGAGGACCUCCAGGAUGCCCGCGAGGGCGUCGACGUCGAGUACGCUGCCGGCGUCCUGUCCGUCACCUUCCCCGACGCGGGCACCUACGUGAUCAACAAGCAGCCCCCCAACAAGCAGAUCUGGCUCUCCUCGCCCAUCUCCGGCCCCAAGCGCUACGACUGGGUCGUCGUCGGUGACUCCCAGAACGACAAGGAGGGCACCGCCGCUGGCGCCUGGAUCUACGCCCGCGACGGCAGCACCCUCGACGACCUCUUCCUCAAGGAGCUCGACGUGGACCUUAGCCUGGCCCCCUCGACCUACGGCGAGGACCAGACCCAGACCUAG